AGGAAGAGGACCGUUUUAGAAUGUGCUGGCGAACGAGAUUACUUGCGACAAGGCUUUGGAUGAAGUAGGCGUAGAGCGGUAAAGAGGUUCUGAGUUCUGUUCUCGGCAAAGUAGGCUUGGGGAUGGCGACAGGAAGGAAUCGCAACCCAUUGGCAUUAGUCCCACAUGGCGAUGUAGGCCUGGACGGAACCCCUCGCGCAAUAUGUUGCUCGGAUAGAGCCACGUGGCUUCAUUUGUCGGAUGUAGCCAUUUUUCUUCUCCCCCUCUCAUUCCUCCACCACUUCUACGCUCGCCAUGGUGUCGGCAGACGAUGAGAAGAUCGUCAUCGAGACGCUGACGGCGUACUUGAACGGACUUGUCCUCGAGGCUUUAGUGCAUGUCAUCAAUCCCACCAUCCGCCUACCCAAAGGUCACAUAAGCAGGAUGUCGAUCCCAAUCACGCUCAUGUACCUCUUCACCACGCUCAACCUCGGAAUACGAUGGUCCUGGACGCGGUCUCCACUUGUCUUCUCCCGGAAGGACGUGCAGAACGAAACGACAUACUACACAUUUGGUAACGGGAAUGCCACGACCCUAUGGGCGAUCUCGGGGGCUGCAACAGGCGUGAGCAUCCUCAUCGCGGACUCCAUCUUGAUUUGGCGCUGCUGGAUCGUCUGGGGUCGUAGAUGGCCUUUUGUUAUCCUGCCAAUACUCCUAACCGUCAGCGGUACCGCCCUUGACGUCCUUUUCAUAUACCACAACGCAACGGACAAAUACUCUUCCGAUGGCACUAUCUGGGGCUCGGCCGUCGAGUGGGGGAUCAUAUUCUAUUCCAUGUCUCUCGGCACGACAAUAUACUGCACCGCGCUCAUUAUCUUUCGGAUACUCGCCUAUCGGGAGCAAUACUGGAGCGUCAUCGAGAUGGUCGUGGAGAGCGCGGUGCUGUACGCGUUGGCGCUAGUCGUUUUCAUCGGGUUCCUCGCUACAGACGAUGCUAAUGGGUUGUAUCCCAAGGCGCUGUUGGAUACCGUCGCGGGUAUCGCGCCGACUCUUAUAGUCGUACGCGUAGCUUCAGGACAGGCGAGGUCAGAUGAGUCGUGGCAGCCGAAAGAGACGUCGUCCUCGCUGCGUUUUGAGUCCAGUUUAUGCACUGUGACCGCCGUGGAGGAGGAAGUGUGUGGGAUCUGCUCGUCCUGUGGGCAGAAGCUUGUUCAUUGACAUUCUUUGUGCAAGUGAAAGUUUAGGGGCUUAUCUAUAAUCUGAGGCUAUAUUAUGGCCUUCUUCCUCGUCACGUAUGCACGGAAUGGAGAGGACGUAGGACUUCUGGGGUCGAUUGUUCCCGAUGGCCUGAUUUCUCCCACUGCUUAGUUUUAAGCCUGUGCGAGUUGGGACUUGAAACUGCGUUCACUUUGUACUGCGGCGCUGAACUGCUGUAGAAGUGAUCUCGUAGUCUGGCUAAGUUCAAAUUGUCAUCGA